AUGCCAGAGCUGGACAACGUUCCCCCCUUGAGGGGAACCAGAGGCCCUGAUCUGGGCCUGAAUGGACCAGCAGACCCUGCUCAGAUUCAACACAGUAUCCUGGAGGAGCAAGUGGAACUGUGGUGGUUCAGAGAUCCUGGGAAGUCUCUACUCUGCUACUGCGUCGCCGUGCUUCUAAUCCUGGGUUGCGGACUGGGCGGCGUCGGCCUUCUUUCCACUACCACCAGUGUCUCGAGUGAGUGGCGGCUGGGUGCAGGUACAGCCUUGUGCCUGCUCGCCCUCGGGGUGCUGCUCAAGCAACUGCUCAGCUCAGCUGUGCAGGACAUGAAUUGUGUUAGAAGUCGACGGCGGAUUGACAUGCUAAAGAGCGGUGGUUUAUCUGACCUGCUAGUGGUUUUGAUUACUGGACUGUCACUGUUGAUCUGUGGAGGGGUUCUGCUUCGCUUGGCCCUGGCGAACCAUAUGCCAAAGCCCGGACAAGCCCUUAAUGACAUGUAUAUCUCUGGAGUGGUUUUGCUGGCUGGAGGGGGGGCUGCAGUUGUGGGAGUUGGGAUAUACUCCGUUGUGGUUCUCCUGCUUGAGAGGACAAGGCAUGGACGAAGGUUGGUAGACCGGGUUUUGAAUGUCUUCACUGUUUCAGGACACAUGGACCGCCAGGCUCGCAGAGAGACUACCUCCAGUUUGGCUAACCUCAUAUGAGUUGCAACCACACUAAAGCUGUGUAUUUUGAACCCUCCCUUGACUAAAUUAGAACAGGCUUUAUGCCCAGAUAUUACAAGAAAUCUGAUUAAAACGAGAUUCAUAACUUACAUGCUCGAGCUUUAUCACAAGCUGAUUAGAUUGUGUAUGAGACAAAAUGAGUUGAAUUUGUAAUAUCUGCUGGGUGCAGAUAUUAGACGUAGGCAGUCAAAUCUCACUGACAGAGUAAAGCUGUGCAAGUUCAAGAGUAACACUGAAGAACUGAUUGCUACGUGGCAAUGCUCACAAUGCAGCUUAAAGAAUCUAAAUUCCUAUUAUUUCUACAUGUGUUCAGCAUUUAAAGUUUAAUACAUCUUACUCCAUUCACAUAGGACCAACGCCAAAAUUGUGGUGGCAGUUUGCCUGAAGUAGUG